GUGAAGCGGUGGGAGGUCAAGACAUAGCAAAGCGCAACAACAUCAGCGGUUUAUAAAAUCAAAGCGAAAUGAAUGCUGUAGAGGCAAAGCUACAACUGCAAAGAAACCCCUUUUGGCCUUUUCAAAUUUCAUUUUCGAUUUCCUCUUCAUUUUCUCUCUCUCUUGUGGUUGUGGCCUUAACUUCAUCCGAGCAACAGGGAGUGAAAAUCGGCGCUUCGUCCUUUUUUUUGUUUUCCCCAUUUCGCCGUUUUGGAUGUAUCUGUUUGAUUGAGUUACAACGGAUAUGGUAGGACCUUCGAGACCUCAGUUUGUUCUUUUUGGAUCCUCCAUUACUCAGUUCAGCUUCUCCAAUGGCGGUUGGGGUGCUAUUCUCGCCGAUGUUUAUGCUCGCAAAGCAGAUAUUCUUCUACGAGGUUACUUAAGUUGGAAUUCUCGGCGUGCUUUACAGGUUCUUGAUCAGAUUUUCCCAAAGGAUGCUGCUAUACAGCCUUCUUUGGUAAUAGUUUAUUUCGGUGGUAAUGAUUCAAUGGGUCCCCAUCCAUCCGGCCUUGGCCCUCAUGUACCACUUCCUGAAUACGUUGAUAACAUGAGAAAAAUUGCUACUCAUAUCCAGAGCCUUUCAGAUAAAACACGCCUCAUCUUUUUAACGUGCCCUCCGGUGAACGAAACCAAAGUUCGUGAAGGUCAAAGUAAGUUCCUCAGUGAACUGGUGAGAACAAAUGAAUUGUGCAAAGCAUAUGCCCAAGCAUGUAUAAAGUUGUGCCAAGAAAUGGGUGUAAAAGUUGUCGAUCUUUUUACCGCCAUCCAAAAAAGAGACGAUUGGAUGAAUCUUUGCUUCACAGAUGGGAUUCAUUUGUCAGCUGAAGGAAGCAAAGUAGUGGUGGAGGAGAUUAUGAAAAUUCUCAAGGAAGCUGAAUGGAAGCCAUCCCUCUUCUGGAAGUCCCUUCCAACAGAGUUUGCAGAAGAUUCGCCUUACGAUCUCAUUGCAGCUGAUGGCAUGAAAACUCUCAACGGCUCCGAUUGGAUCAUUCAUCGAGAUAGUAUCUGGGAUUAGUCUUCUCGUCAACCUCCAUGUCGGACCCCCAUUGCAGCCAUCUUACAGAAAUCACUUGCUCAACAAUGGCAGACAUGGAAGAACUCCAUAGAAGGCAGAAGGAAUGUAUAAGAGAAGUAUGCAGUUCUUGAUCUUUCAUGCUUGCAAUUACAAGCAGUAGAAAAUUUUAGGAUUAAGUGGAUAGAAUGUGCCAUGUGUCAGAAAUUAGUAAUAAGAUCUUCAUAAACUUCUUAGAAAUUUAAUAAUAUCAUUUGUGCUGCUUUAUUUCUGUAUUGAACUCCAUGCAGAGCCAGCAAGCAAGCUCAGUUGAUGUAGUCAAAAGUAGAAAUUUUCAGUUUUGUUUUGUUUUCUAAUGUUUAUAUAGUAAAUGGAUUAUAUUUGAAGUGUGUUUGAGAGUAAUUUUUAAUUAUGGAAAUGAUGAAUACUUGAGAAA